GGCCGGCCGGGCCCUCCCGGCCGCCGGGGGAGCUGCGGGGCCGGGCCGGCGCCUCCUCCGCCCGCCGGCGCUUCCCGUCCCUUCCAUUCCCUUCCCUUCCCGUGCUCUCCCUUCCCGUCCCUCCCCGCCGCCGCUCCGCGAGGGGCAGGGCCGGGUCCCCCUCGCUGUCCCCGGCCCGCGCGGCCCGGCCGCGGCUGCCCCGGUGAGGAGCGGAGUGGUGGCAACUCUACAGAAAAGUUAAAUGUCUUCAGAGGACAAGGAGGCUCAGGAGGACGAGCUGCUGGCUCUGGCCAGCAUCUACGAUGAGGAUGAGUUUAAGAGAGCAGAGUCUGCCCAAGGAGGAGAAACAAGAAUUUGUCUGGAGUUGCCUCAAGACUUCAAAAUUUUUGUGAGGGGCAGUUCCACAGAGAGCCUCCAGAGCAGUGGCUUCGAGUACUCCGUGUGCUUCCUGCCUCCCCUCGUGCUGAAUUUCGAGCUCCCACCCGACUACCCAUCGACCUCCCCGCCCGUGUUCACCCUCAGUGGGAAAUGGCUCUCCCAGGCCCAGCUCAGCGCUCUUUGCAAGCACUUGGACAACGUGUGGGAAGAGAACCGAGGCUGUGUGGUGCUCUUUGCCUGGAUGCAGUUUCUGAAGGAGGAAACACUGAAUUACCUGAAUAUCUCAUCGCCAUAUGAGCUGAAAAUGUGCCCUCAGGGGAAGGGGCAGGGCCGGACACCAGCGGGGCCCCUCGAGGCUGGGAAGGACUGUGGGGGUGCCACAGGCUCUGCCACAGCUGAGGCAGAAAUCGUGGAUGCCAGGGCUGUGCAGGAUGUGGAGUCCUUGUCCAGUCUGGUCAGGGAGAUCUUGGACUUCGACCAGGCCCAGAGGAGGAAGUGCUUUAACAGUAAGAUGUACUCGUGCAGUAUCUGCUUCUGUGAGAAGCUGGGCAGUGAGUGCAUGCACCUCACCGAGUGCAGCCACGUGUACUGCAAGGCCUGCCUGAAGGACUACUUUGAAAUCCAGAUCAGGGAUGGACAGGUGCACUGCCUCAACUGCCCCGAGCCCAAGUGUUCUUCUGUCGCCACUCCAGGCCAGGUGAAGGAGCUGGUUGGGGAGGAGCUGUUUGCCCGCUACGACCGCCUGCUGCUGCAGUCCAGCCUGGACCUGAUGGCUGACGUGGUUUAUUGCCCCCGGCCCAGCUGCCAGACCCCCGUGAUGCAGGAGCCCGGCUGCACCAUGGGCAUCUGCUCCUGCUGCAACUACGCCUUCUGCACCGUCUGCAAGAUGACUUACCAUGGGGUGUCCCCCUGCAAGGUCACUGCAGAGAAAUUAAUGGAUUUGAGGAAUGAGUAUUUAGAAGCAGAUGAGGCAAAUAAAAGAUUUUUGGAACAACGCUAUGGCAAGAGAGUGAUUCAGAAAGCCUUGGAGGAGAUGGAGAGUAAGGAAUGGCUGGAAAAGAACUCCAAGUCUUGUCCUUGCUGUGGGACCCACAUCGAGAAACUGGAUGGCUGUAACAAGAUGACGUGCACAGGGUGCAUGCAGUAUUUCUGCUGGCUCUGCAUGGGCUCCCUGUCCCGGGCCAACCCCUACCGGCACUUCAACGACCCCUCCUCCCCCUGCUUCAACAGAUUGUUUCAAGCCAUGCACAUCGACGAUGGGGAGUUCUGGGAAGGGGAAGAUAAUGCUCAGUAGCUUCCUCCAGCACCAAAAGGUGAACAAACCAGAGAGAGAUGCUUUUUGUGUCCUUUGUUUGCUUUUCACUUCCAUUGUGUGACAGAAGAGUGGUAACUGCACUGCAGGACGCUCACACCUCAGAGCCUCUUGCCAAAACCAAAGGAGACCUUUUCCCCAUCCUGGGAUCAGGAUCAUCAUGGAAUGUCCAAACAAACAUGUCCAUUAUUAAAGUCAGAAACUGGAAAAACAUUGGAAAAAAAUAUAUAAAGAGGUGCCCCUUUUUUAAAAGCCAACAGACAAAACUGAAGCCUGAAAUCCUGGAAGUAUUUUGGGGGUUUCCUUUAGGGACAGUGACCUUUGGCUCAUGAAUAUUGUGGGGUUUGGGGUGCUUUGGUGGAGCUGUAGUGCUCUCUCUGGAGCUGCUUGGACUGGGGGAGUUUUCUGAUACAAUACAGAAAUUUCUUCCUUAUUCAGCAACAAAGUUUGUUGCUCUUAUGAGUUUCCUGAUGUGCUUCUCUGAAAAGCAGCUCCUGGCUCUGUCACUGGUACUUUCUAAUGACAUUAAAGCUGAUUAUCCCCAACCCCU